GGGGGAGUUCCUAAAAUGGCGGCGCCCGCGCUGCCCUUGCGGGGGGCGCUACGGUUGGUUUUGGCGAGGGGCGGCGUCGCUCCGUUCUCCGUGCGGCCCGCGCUGGGGAGAAGCUACGGCGCGGUGACCUCUCCGACCGGUGAGAAAGUGACCCACACGGGGCAGGUCUAUGACGAACAUGACUCCAGGAAAGUUCGGUUUGUUGGGCGACAGAAAGAGGUGAAUGAGAGCUUUGCGAUUGAGUUAAUCGCUGAGCAGCCUGUGAGUGAAGUUGAAACCAGAGUCAUAUCCUGUGACGGUGGUGGUGGAGCUCUGGGACAUCCUAAAGUGUAUAUAAACUUGGACAAAGAUACAAAAACGGGAACAUGUGGCUACUGUGGACUUCAGUUUAAGCAGAAGCACCAUCACUGAAAUUAAUUGUUUUGUCACGUCCUUCAGAGCUGUUAGCCUUUCUGUGUAAUAGUAUUAAAUAUAUAUUUAAAAGGC